AUGGAUGCGCCUAUACAUCCCGGCCCUCGGACGUUGGAUCUAUUAGCCCUACAGCCCCAGCAUAGAUCCGAGUAUAUAUGGGACGGACAGUUGCUUACGCAGACUUUCCGGGCCAGGAGAGUGGAUCUAUUGUGGGAGUUUUUGAGUCCUCCUCACGUUCUACAUCCCCAUGUGGUCCAUUACCUGGAGGAGAUAGGCCUAUAUUGGAUUAUUAGCAUUGGCUGGAUACAGCUCGACUAUGCUUUGAUGACGGCCCUGAUUGAGCGGUGGCGACCAGAGACGCACACUUUCCAUUUGCCCAUCGGCGAGGCCACCAUCACACUCCAGGACGCUGAGAUUUUAUAUGGCCUAUCCGCUGAUGGCUUGCCAGUUUUACUGUCUGCGGCGAUGAGAUAUUAUUCGCGGCAGGCAUAUUGGGAUAUGUUGCACAUGCUCAUGGGUUUCAUGCCGGCGGGCGAGGAGGUAGCGUUUGGGGCUAGUCCAAUAUACGAGGCUGCUGUUGCUCCUUCUAUUUGGGGGGGUCUUGUUCCCGAACACUUCGGGGAACCUACUGAGCCUCCAUUUUCUGCAUCAUAUUACCCGGUUCGAGGAUACAGCUGGGGUGGUGCUGUCAUAUCAUAUUUGUACAGGCAGAUGUGUCGGGUUUGCAUCGGCACACAGAGAGACGUUUGUGGCUUUCUGCCGCUUCUACAGAUUUGGGUCUGGGAGCGAAUUCUACAGUUUCGGCCACCUCUACCACAGCUACCGACUAACGUAGAAAUUCCGCAUCUCCCUCUAGCACAUAGGUGGGUUAUGCGUCGUAGACUUGCACGAGAGUAUGAUGCCCAUCAUAAUCUCCCCCUCUGCAGGGAUGUGUUGGAUUUGCUGGAGGACGCACAGCGAUGA